AUGAACGAUGCCGAGCUAUAUCACAAAAGUAAUAAUCUCCAGAAGAGGGACGCCUUCGAGUGUCUCCAGGAGUACGAAAGGAGAAUCAAGUGGAAGAAGGACGCUUUGAUCAUCGAUAUUGGCUGCGGUGAUGGCAGCGUCACGGCGGCUAUGAUGAAGCAAUUCCUACCCGGUUACAGGAAGGUGGUGGGUUGUGAUAUUAGCGCGAAAAUGGUACAAUACGCGAGCAAAAAGUUUAAUUCGGAGAAUAUCAAUUUUAUGGUGCUUGAUAUUGAGGGUGACAUACCACAAUCAUUGCGGUGCGAAUUCAACCACGCUUUUUCCUUUUACACGCUGCACUGGAUUAAGCAGCAAGAGAUUGCGUUCAAAAACAUAUACGACCUACUUCAGGACGGUGGGAACUGUUUUCUGAUUUUCCUCGGGCACAUGCCGCUUUUCGACGUGUUCAGGAUUCUGGCUCGAAGCAACAGAUGGAGUUACUGGUUGAAAGAUGUCGACCGAUUUGUAUCGCCGUACCACGAUUGUCAGGAUCCAGAGAAGGAGAUACGUCGUAUGAUGUGCAAAGUGGGAUUCAGAAAUGUGGACGUACAGUACAAACCAAAGUCUUUCGUGUACGAUAGCCUCGAAGCUGUCAAAAAAGCUGUGAAAGCAGUGAAUCCGUUCCAAAUUCCUGAAGAACUGCACGAGGAAUUACUUGAAGAUUACAUCUCCAUAGUUCGUGACAUGGAACUUAUUGAUAAGGUUAAUAAUAACGAGAGCUCUGUCGCAGUGAGGACUAAUUAUAAUCUAAUAAUCGCAUAUGGUGAAAAAUAA